AUUUUACCGUUAGAGGAAGUGAAGACUUGCUUGUACAGCACUUUGUUUUUCUUUUCAUGCAGACACCACUGUCAGCACAUACACUUGCAGCAUGAACCACUCAGCUCUGCUGUCUUCUUCAGAGGAAAUGGCCCCUGGGGAGUUUGACCGUGGGACAGCAGUGGCUUGUGUGAUCCUGGGUCUAUCCUUCCUGAUAGGAGCUCCGGGGAACCUUCUGGUGAUCUGGACUAUCCUGAGACACGUCAAGCCACGGUCCCACACUGUGGUGCUCAUCCUGCACCUGGCCGCUGCGGACCUGCUGGUCCUCAUCACCCUACCUCUGUGGAUCUACUCCCUGGUACACACCUGGGUGCUUGGGUUGGUAUCCUGCAAAGCUUUGGUGUACAUUAUCAGAGUGUGCAUGUUUAGCAGCAUCUUUUUCAUCACCCUCAUGAGUGUGGAGCGCUUUCUAGCCAUCUGCCAUCCAUUUGUGAUGAUGCACUUGAAGACCAAGAAACUUAUGAACAAAUGUCUCGUGCUGUUGUGGCUCCUUGCUUUCCUUCUUGGAAUACCUGCUUUACUAACCCUUCAUUUGGAAACUGAUGGAACUGAGCAAUGUUUUAUCAAGGAAUUCAGCUCUGAGAUUCAAACGAUCACCUUCUUUUGUCUGGAGACCUUGGGGGGGUUUGUAGUUCCUUUCAUCGUUCUUAGUAUCUGUUACUGCCUCGUAGCUGCCCAGCUCAGGAAAAUGCAUUAUAACACCAAACAGAAAUCCAUGGUUCUUGUCCACACAGUGGUGAUAGCCUUCACUCUGUGCUGGUUGCCUUACCAUAUUAUCAACAUUAUCGAUCUGGUUUGCAUCUUAAGUGGAGAACAUGAAUGUGUCACUUUGCCGCAGAGCAUUGUCUAUAGUGCUGGUGCCCUUGUGUUCAUCAGCAGCUCAGUGAAUCCAGUGCUAUACGCCUUCUUCGCAAGGAACUUUCGAGGGAGUCUUGAGGAGUCCCGACUAGUCAGGCUGUUCCAGGAAAUGGCCACUCACACCAACAAACUCAGGGACCUGGUAGUACAACAGCAGACUGGCCAGAGGGCAGCAAAUACACAAGUAGAGCUGGUGUCUGACCUGUGAGGGAAAAACUGAACCCCUGGAGACUGUGAUGAUGGGAAAGUGUGAUAUUUGACUUCUGUAGUUGAUCAAGGGAAUACAUUUUAUUAUGAAGGCCUGUGUAUGAUUUGAUGUUUUGAAAACUUGAAUUAAUGAUAAUAAGCACCAGCAAUGGUAAUACAAUAACAGAUACCAUACUCUCCCAUCCUUGUUUUAUUGUGAUCUUUGUGUGUUUAUCAUUGUUUAUAAUAAUUUAUUGUUGUAGUUAAAUUUUUUUGAAAAGUAAAAAAUGUGAUACGCUGUGUUUUGUAAUGUGUAUUAUAAGUGCCACAGUUACUGAAGUAUCUGUUUUCUGACUUUAAAAAUUAAAUGACAUACCUCUAUUUCAAAAUGCUGCAAUUAUUUCAUUUUGGUUGAUUAUUAAAACUUGACCAUUGUAUUGUUUUAGCUUAUUUUGAUCUGAGAGAGACCAACUGCACUCAAUUUCCUGCCUGUCUGGAGAAAAACAGGACCUUUAACCUUAAUAAACAUGCCCAAAAAAGGU